UUAAACGAGGCAAAUACCAUAGAUACAGAUGCAAAUACCAAUCUCCAUUACAUUUUUUAACCAUCCAGAUCAUCUCUCGUCGUCCAGUAAAUAGACAGGCACACUAAUCAGGUUCUUCACUUGCUGUCCUAAUAUGUGAUGGUGCGACCUACUGAAAUCACCGAAAGAUGGGUAGCCUGCCAAAUCUGCACGAGCUGGGCCGACAGGAUGUUACUGAACAAGGAUACAAACGAGGUCCAGCUUUGGGACACCUCUGCGGAGGGUGCAAUGGCAUCCUUUCGUCCCACGAAAAGACCAAGAUCCUUCACAGGUACUCAGGACACAACAGGAUCCACAAGGCUCGCAGUAACCCACAGGAUUCCAACAAGAUAGUCUAUGAUGACUUUAUGGUGGAGCAUAUGGCAACAUACUCCCCUAUAUCGACGAGGUCCAGGUACAACCUGAACCUUCAAGGAGCAACUAGUAAGAGAAGAGAUUCCUUGAACAGUUCAAUUGGGGCCACGUCGGUGCGUCGACUUUUGGCCGUGGUGCGAGGAGGACCCCAUGGAAGCCAGACAGGGAGGAGCGGCGGCCCAGUCUACACCAAGAAGGUCCUCAUAGCCAACCUGGUGGUGGUGUGCAUCAGCCACUUGCUCUGUUCGGCUGCGUAUUUGCCCUUCUUGGCCCUGCAGAGCUCCGUUUCGGUUUGGAACCAUCCUUUGAACGAAUCCAACGUGGAUGUAAAAGUGGGAUCGCUACUUGUGUCCGGAGGAUACAUGACUGCAAGCGUCUUUGCCUUGAUAGCUCCCUGUGUUCUCAAGAGGAUUGAUGCCAGCAUGGUCAUCGCUGUAUGUUACGGUGCCAUGAUAGUCUUCUACCUAUCACACCUGUACCCGGCGCUGUAUGUAACAGUCCCCGCUUCUCUACUGCUGGGUAUCGUCCAAGGACUGUUAUCCUGCGCGCAUAUAUCCUUCCUGAUGAUACUCUCGCACAGGGUAACUGGGUUGUUCCACGAGGAAGACGAAGAAAGCAGACACGCCAGGCGUACCUGCAUAAUAAGGAGGGUGGCGAGAGCGUUUCAAGGUGCUCACGAUUUUGGUCUCAUCGUGGGAUCAGUCUUAUCUGCGAUUCUUAUAACUUAUACAAUUAAUUUAAGAAACGUACGAUACGGAUACGAGAAUGCCACAGUUGUUACAGAUGACUGCUUCAGCAACUCCUCCUACAAUCUUCCCCAUUGCCAGAACAUAACCCAACUGGUCGUCAUCUCCUCGUCUAAUCUCUACGACUACAACUCCUUCUUGGAAGACAUCUUCGACCGCACCGAAGACGGCAGACUUUGCGGUUCUCAGGCGUGCCCGAUCUCCACCUUCUCGACCAAUUCUUCAGUCCAAAACGGUGGUUUCAAGGUGCUUCCGACAAAAUCCGCCGACAUUCUAGCGGGGGUGUACGCUGGAGCUUGCGGGGCCGCCUUGCUUUUGGCUGGGCUGGGCCUGGACAGGAUAAAAAUGCUGAUAUAUCAGGACCCUUUGGAGAGGGGAGAGGUCUUCGCGGCGCUGCGGGCGGUGAAAGAAAGCUUCAGAGACAUAAGACUGCAAAUGUCGGCCCCCCUGGCCUUUUUCAUAGGAAUGGAACAGGCGUUCAUGUAUGCCGAUUUUAGUAAAUCCUAUGUAGUCUGCACCAUAGGAAUACAUCGCCUCAACUUAGUUUUCCUGGCGAUGGGGCUGCUGCAAUCUCUAGCGGCUUGUACACUCAGCAUGUUGCUCAGGACAAUCAGAAGAUAUUAUGUAGUUGCUGUAGGAUUCACGUUUCAUGGCUGCCUCUUGAUGGUACUGAACCUUUGGAAGCCAACUGAAGACGACCCCGCCCUUUUCUACGUCAUUUCGGCAUCUUGGGGUGUCUGCAACUCCAUCUGGGAAAUGCUCAAUUUUACAUUACUGACCGGUCAAUACGCAGACAACUGGGAAUCCGCUUUCGCCAACAUGGCAUUCUUCAAAUUCCUGGGACUCUCCAUAGCCUUCGCUUUCCACGGCUUGCUUUGCAACUACUGGAAGCUGUACGGCUUGGCGUUCUUCAUGGUUUUAGCCGUGGUGCCAUUCGCUUGGCUGGAGGUCCGCUUGGAGAACAUACGGAAGAUCAGGAACAUCACCAGGUUAUGACCGAUGUUGAACUUUUGGUGAUUUUCGAGGAGGUUGCUCGUUUUAUAUACAUAUCACCCAGUGCUAGGCGAGAAGUACUAGGUAACUCCAGAUGAGGGUUGGGUAUGAACUUGAUGACAUUCUCAAUUUAUUUAAUAUGUAAUAAAAUUUGUGAUACAGUUUUAGAUCGUAUUUGUAUACUAUUUCAGACACUUUACACCAGAUAAUUUUUUUCCUAGACCUAUCCACUGUGCACUUACAUAUAGAACAAUAAUAUAUUUUCCAAGAGGCAGAAAAAUCGUCUGUUGUUAUUACAUUUGCGCUGUAAAAAUCCUUAUGGUAAGAUGCACUAUUGUAAACUAAUUAUUAAAGUUUUAAUGUAAAUGUGAGUUAAAAUUUAAUGUAUAAAUAAAAAUUUAAAUAUAAUAACGACAGAAAAUGAGGCGUCGGUACUGUGCAUGCUGAGUUAACUGAGGUCUGUUUGGCUGGUACAGCUGCGAACAACAAAACAUCCCCCCUUUGAACGUCUCGGGUCGUUUUUUUUGUCCGCGGCUGUACGUCCAUCCUAAAUACACCCGAAAGUGCCAAAUGUUAUCAAUAUUUAUUGUUUGGUUUUGUCACACACAACUAGAUCGGGUGACCGAGUUGGUUCGGUUGCUACCAUUCCAUCCACUUCUAGAAUUGAGAGUGAGGACUAGGAAUGAAGUACACACUCAACUACUAGGCAGUA